AUGGCCGCCUGCACCGGUUCGGCAGGACUGGUCAACACCUGGGAACGCGACGACACUGAUGUUCAGCCGCAGAGAAAGGUCAAGUAUCGCAGGAAACACUCUCGACAGCUCUCCACCAUAGAUUAUCUGGAGGGCGAAUCGGAUUUGCUGUUGAAAGUCGACCACUUCCUCACCGAGCUGGAGCAGCGGCUGGACCAUCUCGAGAAAUACGGCAACCUCAAGUUCGACCAGGGCAUCGAGCGCGCGUGGAGUACACUGCAGGAUGUGCGACUGGAGUGCGGGCGCAUGGGAGGAGAGGUGAUCGACGAGGGCAAACGGCGAGCCAAGGCCAUUGUCGACAUUCUCGAAUCGCGGUACCACGAGGCAUUGGAGGCUAAGGAUACACUGCCCGGCAAGGUCGCGGCCAGCGUGCACUUUCUGGAUGAACUGCUGGAGGAUUUUGAGGCGCGGGCACAGGCGAGUCUAGACAGGAAGCUCGAUCGCGCCAGGCGCGGGAUGGAGGCGGUCGCAGGCGCAAGGGAUAUGCUUUCGGUUUCGAUCGAGCGGGCCAUCGCGCUGGCGAAGGAGCGGAGGUUGAUCACGUACGAGGAGCUGCCAGUGCCGUGGAGGGUCAACCCGCACAUCCUCGACGGCUACAGGUUCACCGAGAGCAAGGUCGAGUGCGUCAAGUCGGUGUUCUGUUCGUUCAGCAACGAGACUUGCAACAUCUGGUCGCACGGCCUGGGCUUCUUCAUGGUCCUCGCGAUCGCCUUCUACUUCUACCCCACGUCGCAAAUGUUCCACUACCACACCACCGCGGACAAGCUCAUCAACGGACUGUUCUUCCUCGCCGCGGCUAAGGCUAUGGCUUGCAGCGCCAUCUGGCACACCUUCGCGGCGAUCGCGCACCAGGAUGUGAUGGAGCGCUUCGCGUGCGUCGACUACUCGGGUAUCUCGCUGCUGAUCGCAGUGAGCAUCAUGACAACCGAAUACACCGCCUUCUACCACGAGCCCGUGAGCCGGUGGAUCUACAUGACGGCGACGUGUCUCUUUGGCAUCGCAGGCGUAAUCCUGCCAUGGCGGCCCAUCUUCAACCGAGCGGACAUGCGAGUCUACCGAGUCGCAUUCUACCUCACACUCGGAGCCACCGGCGCCUUCCCCAUGAUCCAGCUGUGCUUGACUAGGGGCCCGGCGUGGGUCGGCCUCUUUUACGCACCCGUGCUCAAGAGCGUGCUCGUGUACCUCAUCGGCGCUAUCUUCUACGCUCUUCAGAUCCCCGAGAGAUGGUACCCCGGCUGCUUCGACUUGGUCGGUGGCUCCCAUAACAUCUUCCACUGCAUGGUUGUCUGUGGAAUCCUGUUCCACUGGUACGCCAUGCACGACUUGUUCCACCUCGCCUUGAGCCGCAUGCCCGUCGGCAUCUGA